AUCCCCACAAUACAAUACCCUCCCAAUCUCCCAGGACACAAACAGAAAUGGGCUCCCUGGCCAUGACUGACAAGGAGAGGGAAGGUGCUGAGAUCGUCUAUGGACCAGAGGAGUGCUAUCGCCACUCCAUGGAGCUGCUUGGAGAGCUCGGUUUCCCUAGGGGUGUCCUUCCGCUCGAGGACCUCGAAGAAUGCGGUAGGGUGAAGGAGACCGGCUUCGUGUGGAUGAAACAGAAGGGCCCCUAUGAGCACUUCUUCACAUGGACUAAUACCAGGGUGAGGUAUGAAGCGGUGGUGACGGCGUAUGUGGAAAAGAAUAGGAUGAAGAAGAUGACAGGAGUAAGAAGCAAGCAGAUGCUGCUGUGGGUGCCGAUCACCGAGAUGAGCAUCGACGAGCCCACUGGGCAGAAGAUAUACUUCAAGUCAGCGGUGGGGAUCGGGAGGUCGUUUCCGGUCUCAGCCUUUAUGGAUGAUGAGGAGAAGAAGAUUGAAGGGAAGGUUGGUGCUUGAGAUUGGCACAUCUAUGUUUAUAGUAAGUUAUAUCCCGUGAGCAAAAAAUUCUAUGGAACCAUAUGGAAAGGUGGCUUCUCAUUGGAGACUGUGUUAAGAAGACUGAUAAUAUUCAUGUAUGAUUUACUUUGAUCAAUGUGAGAACUAGCUAAUAGCAUACAAUGUACUCGCAGUUUCCCAAGUUCAAGAUUUCCUAUUCUUCAA